CUACUGCACUGACAGUCAACCAUGUCAACAAUCGAGCUGGAAAAGCAAAGUUCCUCCGCCGGUCCGGUUUUUGAUGGCCAAAGCCGGCAAAAAGGCACCUCGUUGUCGGGGAAAAUUCUUAUCGGAGUAACCGGUGGUAUCGCGGUUGGUCUUUCCAUCGUCUGCUAUCCGUUCGUAGCUCCGGCACUACGACGCCACUGUUUACCAUUUGUUCCGGCCACCCCGAACCAAAUCCGUAAUGUGCUUUCUUUCGUAAAACCUUCGGCGGGCGGAAGCAGAUUGCUGGACAUCGGAUCCGGCGAUGGUCGAAUUGUGAUUGCGGCGGCACGUUCACUUCCUUCGGUCAAGGCGGACGGAGUGGAACUUAACCCGUGGCUCGUUUACUACUCACGACUGGCCGCGUUACGGAAUGGAGUGUUUAGUAGAACCAGUUUCUUCCGGAAAGAUCUGUGGAAGUUUAGUCUAGCCCCGUACGAUCAUAUCGUGAUAUUUGGCGUAGAGCAAAUGAUGGAGGAUUUGGAAAAGAAAAUCCUUUCAGAAGCAGCACCGGGCACUACUGUAAUUGCUUGCCGUUUUCCAUUUCCCUCGCUAAAGACGGUGGAUCGGAUAGAGGAGGGCAUUGAUUCGGUAUGGUUAUAUCGACCGGUUGCCAGCAACAAAGACCAAUCAAAGAGUAGCUAA